GACAAUAGUAACGCGAGGUGAACACGGGCGAAACUGUUCAGUAAUAUUCAGUUGUGAGUGCGCAGCACUUUUAAGCCAAUUGUUGCUAAGAAAAUUUGGCUGUUUACCGGGUUGCUAGGCAACACAAAGCUGGCGCAUUUCUUUACUCCCCUUCGAAUACAUUAGCCUAUGAAGGAAGGGGUUUGCAAGAUUGGAUUUGUAAUUGUUUGUAUUUAUAUACAGUGCUUGUUUGUGUCGUUUGUGUGAGCUGCCGUUGUUCGCACGAGGUUUAGGGCUCCCUGGAAGUAAUUUUUUUAAAAGUAUCGCUUCUGCCGCUGAAACCUAACUUUCCUUUGGGAAUUUAAUAACCUGCAGAGCCUUUAUAUCAGUCCCAGACCAGCACGAUGGAUCUGAUGCCGCUGCAGGCCAGCCAGCCGUUCGACCCGUCCAAGUACCGGUAUACGGGCCCGAAUGUGCAGCCGCGUCAGCUGCCCAACACCCGGUCUCAGGCGCCCAUCACCACGGGCACGUCUGUGAUCGGACUGCAGUUCGACGGCGGUGUGAUGAUUGCCGCCGACAAGCUCGGCUCCUACGGCUCCCUGGCGCGCUACCAGAACAUCGGACGGCUGAUGCGCGUCAACGACCACGUCAUCCUGGGCUGCACCGGCGACUACGCCGACUUCCAGUUCCUGCGCGACAUCAUCGACCAAAAGAUGAUCGACGAGGAGUGCCUGGACGACGGGAUCGUGACGCGCGCGCCGGCGCUCCACUGCUGGCUGACGCGCGUCCUGUACAACCGGCGCUCGCGCUUCGACCCGCUGUGGACCACGUUCGUGGUGGGCGGCCUGGACGACGACGGUAAGCCGUUCCUGGGCUUCGUGGACAAGCUGGGCACGGCGUACACGGCGCCGCAGAUCGUCUCCGGGAUGGGCGGCCACCUGGCCACACCGCUGCUGCGCGAGAAGAUGGAGGGCCAGCCGCCGCUCUCGGAGGCGGCCGCCCGGGAGCUGCUGGUCCGCUGUAUGACCGUGUGCUACUACCGCGACUGCCGCGCCUUCUCCAAAUUCCAGAUCGCCACCCUGAAGGCGGGCAGCAUCAAGAUCGAGGACGACCUGGAGGUGAAGGGCGACUGGGAGGUGGCGCACUUCAGCAAGGAGCACGCGUAGGCGGCCGGCGGGACAGCUGGGACACGGGGUCGGGUCUGUGGGGUGCCACGAUGGUCCAUGUUUCUCUGAUUCAAUACACUGCUAUUUCACCCA